CUUAUUUGCCAGAGCCUGGCAUUCGGCGGCCAGGGCGUGUGCAAGCUGCCGGAGGGGUACACGAUCUUCUGCGACCGUGCACUGCCGGGGGAGCACCUGCGCGCGCGCAUCACGGCUGUCAAGAAGACGCACGCCAGCGCGGUCAAGGUGGCGUCCAUGCAGCAGCACUCGCAUGCCGUGGAGGCCCCCUGCAAACACUACAGCGAGGGCUGCGGCGGCUGCUCCGUGCAGAACCUGGCCUACAGCGCGCAGCUUGCAGCCAAGGAGCAGCAGGUGGUGGACGCUCUUGGGCGCAUAGGCAAAGUGGAGGGGGCCCGAGCGCUGGUGAAGCCCAUCCUGCCAUGCGCAAAGCCCUUCCGGUACAGGAACAAGAUGGGUUUCAGCUUUGCGCAGGAUGUGCCGCAGUUGCCGAGGGCUGCCGGCUUUGGCCUGCGCCACAUCAGCAACCCAAAGGAGGUACCAAUACUUUCCUUCACAGUAGGAAACUCACAAAUGCACUGUUCUGUGCAGGUGCUGCCGGUCUGGGAUUGCUGGCUGCAGGAUGAGGGAGCUAACAGGAUCCUGCAGGUCCUCACAACCGCCGUGCAGACCAAGAGGGACUCCCAGGAGCUGCCCAUGCUCCAACCCUGGACAAAGAUAAAGGUGUUCCAGCCUACGGUGAGCAAGGUGACCAUUCGCAGUGGGCUGAAUCCCGACACAGGCAACCGUGCCUACUUGGUCAUCCUGCAUACAGCUGGGGAACGCCCCAAAGCUCUCAUACCUAUCGUUGACCACCUGCGCCGCGAGGUGCCAGAGAUUGCUGGCAUCCUGCAAUACACAGGUCUGGGGAGAAAGGCUGAGGACUCUGCGGAUGGCCUUGCACUUAUUUCUGGCAAGGACAGAAUCAUGGAGAGGCUAUGUGGGCUGGAGUUUGCCAUCACCCCGCUCUCCUUCUUCCAGACCAAUCCCAAGCAGACAGAGACCCUUUACAAGGCCGUAGCAGAUGCAGCAGGGUUGAGUGGAUCAGAGGUGCUGCUGGACCUCUACUCUGGCACUGGCACGAUCGCGCUGUGCCUGGCGAGGAAGUGCAGCAAAGUGUUUGGAGUGGAGUCCAACCAGCACGCGGUGGAUGAUGCCAUGGAGAACGCACGCCACAACCGCGUCACCAAUGCCACAUUCCUGCAGGCUGACCUGUCCAAGCCCAGUGACGUGGCCCACGUUGCCGAGCGGGUCCCCCAACCCGACGUCGUUGUUGCUGAUCCAGCAAGGGCGGGGCUGGGGAAACCUGUGAUAGAGUACCUGAUGGGCUGUGGGGCGAGCACUCUGGUGUAUGUGUCUUGCAACCCAGCCACCCAGGCGCGGGACAUCCAGCUGCUGACAGACACGGCUGCGCCGAACAGCUUCUGUCUGGAGAGCGUGCAGCCCGUUGACAUGUUUCCCCACACCGAGCACAUUGAGAGCGUGGUAAUGCUG